GAUGGAUUUAGGAAUCCGCAAAUGCCCUUCCUGAGUUUGAGCCCCUUCAAGACCUCAGCCUGGACGCCUGGGGACAGCCUGGUUCUUCUUGCCUUGUCCUGCUGUCAAGCCUGGAUGUACUCGUUCUGGAGUGGAGGAACUUGGCGACUGUCCAGCGGUGGUGGCCCCUCAGCAGUGGGAGGCUGCAGCCUCAGAGGUGUGGAAGGCAGCCCUGAGGAGGCAGGCCAGCUGGGACAUGAAGCCGGCAGAGUGUGAGCAGCCUGCUUGUCAGCACGUCUUACCCUGAGGCCACUCCAAGGCAGCUCACGCCCGGGGAAAGUCACCAUGCUGUCGUGGGUGCCACGGGUCCUGCUGGCCUUGCUUCUGCCCACACUCCUGGCACAUGGACAAGCCAGGCGCAGGGAGCACCCCCAGGCUCAGAACACCUCUAGGCCCGCUCUGCUGAGGCUGUCAGAUUACCUCCUGGCCAACUACCAGAAGGGCGUGCGGCCCGUGCGGGACUGGAGGAAGCCAACCACCGUGUCCAUCGAUGUCAUUGUCUAUGCCAUCCUCAGCGUGGAUGAGAAGAACCAGGUCCUGACCACCUACAUCUGGUACCGGCAGUACUGGACAGAUGAGUUUCUCCAGUGGAACCCUGAGGACUUCGACAACAUUACCAAGCUGUCCAUCCCCACUGAGAGCAUCUGGGUCCCAGACAUUCUCAUCAACGAGUUUGUGGAUGUGGGGAAGUCUCCAAGUAUCCCGUACGUGUAUGUCGGGCACCAUGGCGAGGUCCAGAACUACAAGCCCCUCCAGGUGGUGACUGCCUGUAGCCUGGACAUUUACAACUUCCCCUUCGAUGUGCAGAACUGCUCGCUGACGUUCACCAGCUGGCUGCACACCAUCCAGGACAUCAACAUCUCCCUGUGGCGCUUGCCAGAAAAGGUGAAGCUCGACAAGACUAUCUUCAUGAACCAGGGCGAGUGGGAGCUCCUGGGGGUGCUGACCCAGUUUCGCGAGUUCAGCAUGGAAAGCAGCGGCUGUUACGCAGAGAUGAAGUUCUUCGUGGUCAUCCGCCGGAGGCCCCUGUUCUACACGGUCAGCCUGCUGCUGCCCAGCAUCUUCCUCAUGUUCAUGGACAUCGUGGGCUUCUACCUGCCUCCGGACAGUGGCGAGAGGGUCUCCUUUAAGAUCACACUCCUCCUGGGCUAUUCUGUCUUCCUGAUCAUCGUGUCGGACACGCUGCCGGCCACAGCCAUUGGCACUCCCCUCAUUGGUGUCUACUUCGUCGUGUGCAUGGCGCUGCUGGUGGUGAGCUUGGCUGAGACCAUCCUCAUCGUGCGGCUGGUACACAAGCAAGACCUGCAACAGCCCGUACCCGCCUGGCUGCGGCACCUGGUCCUGGACCGGGUGGCCCUGCUCCUUUGCCUAGGGGAGCAAACAGCUUCCCGACGGCCCCCGGCCACCCCCCGAGCCGCCAAGACCGAUGACUGCUCAGACGUGGGGAACCACUGCAGCCAUUUGAGAGGACCCCAGGACUUGGAGAAGACCCCAAGGGGCCGAGGCAGCCCCCCACCACCACCGCGGGAGGCCUCCCUGGCAGUGUGCGGGCUGCUGCAGGAGCUGUCCUCCAUCAGGCAUUUCCUGGAGAAGAGGGACGAGAGCCGAGAGGUGGCCCGGGAAUGGCUGCAUGUGGGCUCCGUGCUGGACGGGCUGCUCUUCCGCAUCUACCUGGUGGCAGUGCUGGCCUACAGCAUCACCCUGGUUACUCUGUGGUCCAUCUGGCAGUAUUCUUGAGUAGGCACAGCCCAGUGGGGGUGUUUUGAGGGAGGGGUGGUAAGGCACUGGUUAGAAUGGGGAUUGAGGAUUUCAGGGCCCAGCAGAUGCCAGGGAUGUUUUCAAGACCCUGUCCAAUGCCAGUAAUUCUGAAGCAGGGCCUUAACCCUUCCCAAAAAGCUUGAUGUUCAAGACUCUUGUACCCCCCCCCCCAACUUAUCAUGGCUUUAAAACAUGCUGUCUUUGAUCUAGAAAAACCCAUGCAUUCCCUAACUUCAUUCUAUUUAUCUGUGUAUCAAGCCUUGAUUUCCCCAUUGUCACUUCCCUGAAUAAGGCACUUUGAAAUUCCGCUCCUCCCCCUUUAGCCUUGUUUUUAGAUACAAAGCAAACCAACUCUCUACUGCACAUGGCUGGUAACACUGCAUUAGGUUUAUUCAACCGUAAUGUUCUCCUUCUUCACCUCACCUGUAGCCACUUCCCUG